AGACAAUAACAAAUUCUAAAUGAACUUUGUCAACCUUUGUCAUCUGCAUUUUGUCUAACGAAACAUUAGUAUGCAGUAUGGGGUCAGUGUUAUGGAUACCAACUGUCCUGGGACUAUUUACAGCUUAUUUAUACAUUCUGUCAACAAAUGUUCCUGAACUAAAGGGGGUAAAAGAUGAAAAUGCCAGAUUAAAUUUUCCGUCCAAUUUAGAAGAGUUGACAUCAUUAGCAUCCACACUUCAGCUGUAUAAAACAGAACAUUUACUGUACGUUCUGCUAUUGUUCUGUAGUGCCUACAUAUAUAAACAAACAUUUGCUAUCCCUGGAUCUGUGUUCCUGAAUUUAUUAGGUGGAGCAUUAUUUGGAGUAUGGACAUCCUUUCCUCUGGUGUGUGUUCUAUCAGCCACUGGGGCCUCAUGUUGCUUUCUUUUGUCAAAAUAUUUUGGCAAGCAGCACAUUGAAAGAUUCUUUCCAGAUAAGGUUCACUUUCUACAAGGAAAGGUAGAAGAAAACAAAGACAGUUUAUUGUUUUUCUUGUUAUUUUUACGAUUUUUUCCAAUGACACCGAAUUGGUUUCUAAAUAUGGCAUCACCUAUAGUGAAUGUACCGAUUCAUUUGUUCUUCUUGUCAGUAUUAAUAGGGUUGAUGCCAUUUAACUUUAUAUGUGUACAGACUGGUGGGAUGUUGUCAGAGAUCAAAUCUACAGAUGAUAUUUUUACCUCAGGGACGUUACUAAAAUUAGGUGCUAUAGCUGUUGUGGCGUUAGUACCAGGGAUGAUAGUGAAAAAACUGAAGGACAGAAAAACCAAAUCUGAAUAAUAAAUGGAAAUUUUAUAUUGUCUUGCCUUGACGCAGUC